AUGUCUUUAGCAUGUUUUCGUAUAAUACAAUGGUUAUUAUUAAGGAAAGGUUAUUUAACUGAAUCAAUUUUAGUUAAAAAUGUUAAUCAAAAAAGUUUAGAUGCAUUUUUAUUAGCUAAUAUCUUAACAAGAAUAAUUAAUUUAAAUAUAAAUACAAUUGAUACAUUAGAUUUUAUAUCAUUAUUUAUUAUUUUAAUUUAUAUAUCUAUUGUUACUGCAUUUAUAUAUUUUUGUUUAUCGUUAAUUAAAUUAAUUAUGAAAUAUUUAAAGUUAUCGAAAUAUUAA